AUGCUUGCUGUCAGAAGAUUAACAAGGUAUACAUUUCUCAAGCGAACGCAUCCGGUGUUAUAUACUCGUCGUGCAUAUAGAAUUUUGCCUUUAAGAUCCGCUUCCCUUAGAAGAUCAUCGUUACGAAUACAACUGCACUCAAAGAUGACAGCUCAUACCGAUGAGAAACAGCACAAGCAUUGCCAUGAGGACCAUUUUAUCAGAAGAUCGGACUCUGCCGUGUCGAUUGUACAUUUAAAACGUGCACCUUUCAAAGUCACAGUGAUCGGUUCUGGUAACUGGGGUACCACUAUUGCUAAGGUGAUUGCAGAAAACACAGAAUUGCAUCCUCACAUUUUCGAAUCGGAGGUGAGAAUGUGGGUGUUUGAUGAGAAGAUUGGUGACGAAAAUCUGACGGAUAUCAUAAAUACAAGACACCAAAAUGUCAAGUACCUACCAAAGAUUGAUCUGCCCCAUAACUUAGUAGCCGAUCCUGAUCUUUUGCAUUCCAUCAAGGGUGCCGAUAUCCUUGUUUUCAACAUUCCUCAUCAGUUUUUGCCAAAUAUAGUCAAGCAGUUGCAAGGCCACGUGGCACCUCAUGUAAGAGCCAUCUCAUGUCUAAAGGGUUUCGAACUAGGUUCCAAGGGUGUCCAGUUGUUAUCCUCGUACGUCACUGACGAGUUAGGAAUUCAGUGUGGGGCUCUAUCCGGUGCCAACUUAGCACCAGAAGUGGCUAAGGAGCAUUGGUCUGAAACUACGGUGGCUUACCAAUUACCAAAGGACUACCAAGGAGAUGGGAAAGAUGUAGAUCAUAAGAUUUUGAAACUACUAUUCCACAGACCUUAUUUCCACGUUAACGUCAUCGACGAUGUCGCUGGUAUAUCCAUUGCAGGUGCUUUGAAGAACGUUGUGGCACUUGCAUGUGGUUUUGUAGAAGGUAUGGGAUGGGGUAACAAUGCCUCUGCUGCCAUCCAAAGACUAGGUUUGGGUGAAAUCAUCAAGUUUGGUAGAAUGUUCUUCCCGGAAUCCAAAGUCGAAACCUACUAUCAAGAAUCAGCCGGUGUUGCAGAUCUAAUCACCACGUGUUCAGGUGGUAGAAACGUCAAGGUUGCCACAUACAUGGCCAAAACCGGUAAGUCUGCCUUGGAAGCAGAAAAGGAACUACUAAACGGUCAAUCUGCCCAAGGCAUAAUCACAUGUAGAGAAGUUCAUGAAUGGCUCCAAACAUGCGAAUUAACCCAAGAAUACCCACUGUUCGAGGCAGUGUACCAGAUAAUCUACAACAACCUCCGGAUGGAAGACCUACCGGAAAUGAUUGAAGAACUGGACAUCGAUGACGAAUAG